CAUAACUUACAAGGAGUUUUUGUUUGAUGGGCCGGAAACGUCAGGCUGACGAGAGCGAGGCCGAGGCAGGCGACGACGUCAUACGCCUUCGUCUACUGGAGGGUACAAGGCAGCAUUACAACACCAUGGUCUCGCACUUCAAGCGAUGGCUGCAAGCCAAUAACCCGGUGCAUGUUGUGGGCGAAACCAUAAUGUUACCUCUUCCAGAGAAUGUGUGCAAGAUGUACCUCUCCUACGUGUCCGUGAAACGCGACAAGCAAGGUAACGAGCUGUUGCCAAGAACGUUCAACACGGCAUCGACAGUCAACGGGUACAAGAGUGCGAUCAAGUUCUUGUACAAGGAGUCCAGCAUGGAAGUAUCGUCCGAAGUGGACUCAACACUUUCAGCAUUUUCGGAUGGGUACAAGCGACAUGUGGCCCAGAUGAAGCAGAACGGGACUAUGUCAAUCAAUGAAGGCAAAAGUCCUGUAUCAUUUUCAGGGUUCGUGUUUUUGGCCGCGAAAGCAUUGGGGAAUGUAUCGGUUCACAACCAAUACCUCAACGUCCACUGCUUUUUGCUGUUCAGUUGGAAUUUGAUGGCAAGGGCAGCGUCCGUUGGUUCAAUUCGAUAUGAUCACAUCUCUUGGAAUGGGGAUGCAAUGGUUGUCAAGUUUGGUCUGAUGAAGAAUGAUCAAGAGGGAAAGACUUGCUUCCCUAAGCAUGUCUUUGCCAACCCAAUGAAUCCCACUAUCUGCCCUGUGUUGAGGUAUUAUAUUCACCUCGCCGUGCUCGUGUUUACCAGGGGGUCGAGGCGUGAGGGUACUUCCACCCUUGUAUUUGGGGCGAAUGCAAAGGAACGGUUUUCUGCGUGGCUGACCAAGACCUGCCAGGUGCACCGCGACGAAAUUGUCGCCCUUGGACUGAGUGUGGAGGACCUGGGAACCCACUCCUUUCGUAAAGGGGUGGCCACUGCUAUUACAAACACUCCGGGCGGGCCACCGAUGACGUCAGUUUGGUUGAGGGCUGGUUGGAGUCUCGGUAACGUUCAGGGCAGAUAUAUUUUCUCUGGCACUGGCGGCGAUCAAUUCGUUGGAAGAUGUGCUGCAGGUAUAAGGCAAUUCAAUUAAAAAAAA